AUGAGCCAGUUAAAUGGAUUUUAUAGUAGAAGUCCCCAGCUUCGUGGGAUUUUCAAUGGGUUAUGUGCCCUAGUUUUGAUUUUCCUGUUUUACAAUCGGGAAGAUAUUGUGGGAAACCCACUUUCGAAGCAAUCGCAUUCAGUAUCUAAAUGGAGCUCAGGCAGUGGGUUUUAUUCUGGUUUGGGGAGCCAAUUUGUGAAUCGAAGAGAAAUGGUUGAAUUAAGUGCAAAUUCUUCAACUGUAAAUGGCUCCGAUCCUAAUAAUUUGGAUGUAAAGAAGCCUGAAUUUUGUGCUAUGUCGUCUGAUCACAAUGGCUAUAGUAGUAGCUGUGACUUCCUGAGAGCCCACCCGCAGUGUGCAUCGGAUGGGUUUUUUGAUUACUUGAAGUUUUACUAUUGUGAUUGCGGUGAAAGCGCAUGGGCAUUUCUGGUGUUGGGGGCUUGGCUUGCUGCAUUGUUCUAUCUUUUAGGCAACACUGCGGCUGAUUACUUUUGUUGUUCUUUGGAAAAGCUUUCGACUCUUCUGAAGCUAUCUCCUACCGUUGCUGGUGUAACUCUGCUUCCACUUGGAAAUGGCGCUCCAGAUGUGUUUGCAAGUAUUGCUGCUUUUCUAGGUACUGGCACAGGAGAUAUGGGCCUUAAUAGCGUGUUAGGAGGGGCAGUGUUUGUUACUUGCAUUGUUGUUGGGGCUGUUUCCCUAUGUAUAGCAGAUAAGGACAUUCAGAUUGACAAGAAGUGCUUUAUAAGGGAUAUUCUAUUUUUUAUGCUCGCCCUCGUGUCUCUGUUUUGGAUCUUGAUUGUCGGUGAAGUGACUGUUGGUGCUGCCGUUGCAUUUGUAUCGAUUUAUGUUCUGUACGCCUUUGCGGUGGCUGCCAAUGAGAUUCUGAGAGAACAAGCCCAGAGGUUGAAACUGGACGCUGUUACUCCUUUGCUUCCUGUAAGAGGAAGCGUGUUUUCUCAUGGAAAUCUAGAUGAGGAACCCUUCUUCAGCUCUUUGCUUGACAUUGAGACCGAAAGUGUUGGAGCCCAGUCCCAUGGUUCCCUACCUCAGUGGAUGUGGGCUUCUAAUGUAGCAAUUUAUUCAAACCAGGUGCUGAAGAUCCCUGACGGUGACAAGUCUUUGUGGGGAUGGAAUGAUGAAGACAGAGAAAUUGAGCGGCCAUCAUUUUUCUGUUCAAAGGUAUUUUCCCUUCUGGAGUUGCCACUGACUGUACCGAGGAGGCUCACAAUUCCCUUAGUGGAGGAGGAAACUUGGUCGAAGCCAUAUGCUAUGGGCAGUGCUCUACUGGCUCCAAUUCUUCUUGUUUGUCUGUGGAGUUCACAAGACAACGUGGGUUCUCAAAGCAGAAUAGUUGUAUAUAUCAUCGGUGUCUUAGUUGGAUGCACCCUUUGUGUUCUUACAUAUAAGUACACGAGGCCAGAUCGUCCACCUCAGAAAUUCUUACUUCCAUGGGUUAUAGGAGGAUUUGUGAUGAGUAUCGUUUGGUUUUACAUGAUUGCAAAUGAGCUUGUUGCUCUACUUGUGGGAUUUGGUGUGGUUCUAGGUGUCAAUCCUUCCAUCCUUGGGUUAACUGUAUUGGCAUGGGGAAACUCGAUGGGAGAUUUGGCUUCAAACGUUGCCUUGUCAAUGAAUGGUGGGGAUGGCGUACAGAUUGCAAUGUCAGGAUGUUAUGCAGGUCCUAUGUUCAACACUCUCAUUGGAUUGGGCAUCUCAAUGCUACUGGGAGCCUGGUCUGAGAAACCUGUUCCCUUUGUGCUCCCACAAGAUAGAAGCUUGUAUUUCACCUUGGGAUUUCUCGUUUCAGGAAUUAUUUGGGCACUCAUUGUUUUACCUAGGAAUAACAUGCGUCCAAGCAGGAUGCUUGGAGUUGGCCUAGUUGCCAUAUAUUUGAUAUUUCUCAUUUUCAGGGUGGGCUCUGCUAUGGGAAUGUUUUCAUUAGCCGGCUUUAAGUGA